AUAUAUAUAUAUCUCGGUGUGGCCUACACUUGGCCAAGAGGGAGCGACCGCCGCACGCCUUUGCGUCCGCAGCCCGCCCGGAGCGCGCGCCUGGCCCGCCGAUGGCGAGCAACAACACCGCGAGCAUCGCCCAAGCCCGCAAGCUGGUGGAGCAGCUGAAGAUGGAGGCCAACAUCGACAGAAUAAAGGUGUCCAAAGCCGCGGCAGACUUGAUGGCGUACUGCGAAGCCCACGCCAAGGAGGACCCUCUCCUGACCCCCGUCCCGGCCUCCGAAAACCCCUUUAGAGAGAAGAAGUUCUUCUGCGUGAUCCUGUAACCCCGCGAGGAGCCUGACCAGCGCUCAGGCCACCCUGAACACUGAUGUAGAGUUUUUAGGAACGGGGACGACCUGGUAGUCCACAGAAUUUAAACAAAACCAAACAAAAAAAAAA